AUGGUAAUUGCAGCUUCGACUCCAUUUUCACUCUCGUCCGUGGUCUUCACGCGCCGUCGUAGCUACAGACAUUAUUCAGUACCUCGAGUAACCGCCAGUUUUUCACCGGAGGUUUCUCCUCUUCUCCGAGCAGCUCACCACACCGUUGAUAGUUAUGUAAAGAGUGGGAUGAUUAUUGGUUUAGGAUCUGGAGAAGCAUCAGAUAUAGCUAUACGUUACUUGGGUCAGCAACUUCGUUCUGGUUCUUUAGCAGAUGUUGUUGGUGUACCAAUGUCUGUUAGAAGUGCGAGCGAAGCUGCAAAGUCUGGAAUCCCUUUAGAAAAAUUCCGAGAUGGUUUUCAGAUUGAUUUUGCAUUUCAUGAUGCUGAUGCUGUAGAAGAGGAUUCACUUAUCGCAGUUAUUGGGCGCCGAAAACACUCACAAGAAGAUGACUAUAUCCUGCGCCAAAAGUCUAUUCUCAAAGCAGCUGAUGAGGCAGUCUUCAUGAUAAAGGAAGAACAAUACAAAGCCGGCCUUGAAGGUUCUAUCCCGGUUUUAGUUCAAUCCCUUAAUUGGUUGGCCAUAGCCGAGGAGAUAGAUGACUUGUAUUUAGGCGAUGCAGAGGUGUGGAGAAGAGCUUCUGUAGGAGAUGCAGGGCCUCUUGGAGGAGACUUUCCUAUAAUCACCAGUGAUGGUCACAACAUUCUUGAUGUAAUGUUUACAACUCCAAUUCCAAGCCUCGCCGAAGUGGUGAAAAGCCUGGAUGUGAUUGAUGGGGUUGUGGACCAUGGACUCGUCAUCAAAACUCGAUGCACCGUGGUGAUCGCAGGAGAAACUGAAGUUAGAACUGUUACCUUGCAGACUAGUAAAGUGGAGAGUAGUGAUGUAUGA